AUGAUAAAAAUUGGCUGUUUUGCUAUCCCUCUAUCUCUUUUGGCUUUAUUGCUCGUGCUUCUUUCUUUUGUUGGAGUUAAUCCUGUUGUUCCAAAACAAACCCUUACCGGUUUACCGGUGACGACUUCAUUUCCAACAAUUGCUUUCGAUCGUGCUUUGGCUAUUUAUAUUGGAUUAACAACCUUAGCGGGUUUCGCCCUAUUCCUUUUUAGUGCUGGUAAAAUAUGGGUUGCUGUUGGUGUAUUCCAUAAUGCUGCCGAAUUUGUAAUGCUUGUUUUGCUUGGUUCUGGUGGAAGAAUUAAGUGUUCUGCAUUUUGGCCUAUUGUUGGAUUUUACAUUAGUUUCAUUUCAAUUACAUGCAUUUUAUUCAAAUUCCCCUAUGACGCUUUGUGGUUCAAAGGCCAAGGUUUAUGCUUCGACUGGGCCCUGAUUAUUGAAUUCACUCGUAUAUAUUUGACUACUAAACACGAGCUUAGGCAUGAUUCUUUCCAUCCGAAAAUUUAUCAUCCGAAUCAACUUUUGUUAUUGAUUAUUGGUUCUGUCUUUCAUGUUCUUGGCAAUAUCGUGUUUACUGUUCUUACAAACUCGUUUUAUGGUUACUGUGCUGCAUUCCCAGCCUAUACUUACUAUAUCUAUUUAGACUUUUACGUCCCAAGCAUUUAUCCACAAAAACGUAUUUACCUCCCUGAAACCCCUUCCUGGAAAGUCGCUGUUAUUUCUAUUUUUUCAAUUGCUCUUUCACUUUUAACCAUUCGUCUUGGUGUAUAA